CGACGCCAUUGGCCGGCCCGAGUCCAGCCUCGGUUCCGGGCCGCCGGGAGGACGCGGUGGCGGCCCCUGUGCGUGUGCGCGCACGAGCUUUCUCAAGAGACCGGCCUGGAUUCCGCGCCAGAGACGGUUCUCCUCCCGCACAGCCCAGAAUGGCCGCAGCCCUGGAGCCCGAGGAACAAAGAGGACUUGGCGUAGCGAAGGCGGAAGGCCGUUGCCGGGGACGAGACUGCGGCCCACAAAACUACAGUCCCCGCAGGAGGGAAGUCUUCCGGCAGCACUUCCGGAGGCUCUGCUACCGGGACGCCCCCGGGCCCCGGGAGGCUCUCGCCCGGCUGUGGGAGCUGUGCCGCCGGUGGCUGAGGCCGGAGUGCCACACCAAGGAGCAGAUUUUAGACCUUCUGGUGCUGGAGCAGUUCCUGAGCAUUCUUCCCAGGGACCUGCAGCGCUGGGUGCAGGCGCACCACCCGAACACCGGGGAGGAGGCGGUGAGCGUGCUGGAGGACCUGGAGAGACAGCCGGACGAGCCGCGGAAGCAGGUCCCAGCCAGUUCAGAAAGACAGGACACACUCUUGGACAAGCUGCCUCCCUUGGGGAGUCCCCAUGAGUCACUGACUGCCCAGCUCCAUCCCGAGAAGAUCCACAAGGAGCAGGACUCUGGGGACCCCCAGAGGAAUGGUGAUGAAACCAGAACUCAGAAUGAAGUGUUGUCCCAGGAGGAAGGUACACCCAAGGACACACAGUUCCUUGGCGAGGUAAAUGGCAGACUUGACGAAGACAUUCCUCUGCCUCCUGAAUCCAGAGAUGCUACUGAAAGCGAGGGCAGAGUGGCGUGGCCACAGAGGGAAAGAAGGCGCUAUGCAUGUGAGGACUGCGGGAAGAGUUUCAGCCACAGCUCAGACCUCAGCAAACACAGGAGAACUCACACUGGAGAGAAGCCCUACAAGUGUGAUGAAUGUGGGAAAGCCUUCAUUCAGCGCUCGCAUCUCAUCGGACAUCACAGAGUACACACUGGAGUGAAACCUUAUAAAUGUGAAGAGUGUGGGAAAGAUUUUAGUGGCCGCACAGGUCUCAUUCAGCAUCAGAGAAUCCACACAGGUGAAAAGCCCUAUGAAUGUGAGGAGUGCGGGAGGCCUUUCCGUGUGAGUUCGGCCCUGAUCAGGCAUCAGAGAAUUCAUACAGCAAAUCAGCUCUACUAAUACAGUGAAGAGACCGUUCUUAGGUCCUCAGGCCUCAUUAGUUCCCAGAGAAUCUGCUGUAGAGACUGAGUAGCCUGAAUGCAGGCGACACUUCAGUCAUCAACUAUUUCUCCAGCACCAGAGAAUCUACCUGAGAAUAUUUCCUUUUAUUUCUAAAUUACUUCAGUUUCUUGGGAAGAAUUAAGAGUUCUUUCAGAAAGCCUUGUCUGUUGACAUACUGCUCACCUACAGCCCAAAAUAACCAUGUUUCUUGGUUGAAAGGCACUGAGUGCUACUUCUCAGCUCUCCUUUUUCCUUGACCAUUCAGUGUAUGACUUAGGCAAACAUUUGCUUUUUUUUUUUUUUUAAGUGUAUUUAUUUUGAGAGAAACAGAUCUGAAGCAGGCACACGCACACAAGUGGA